AUGCAUAGACUCGCAUCUAAAUUCCAGGAGUUUAAGCAGCUCCGACGCUCUCAACCCCGGAGACGUAGGUCAACCUCACCACCCCCGGAGUCACCAUUUUAUGUGCAUUCACAAUAUGAUAAUAGGCCUCCGUCUUGCUCCUCCGCCCCCCGUGUGCCUCAGAAAACCGUUCAAUGGGGCUCAGUGGCGGAAAUACCUCCGUUGCCCUGGGGAAGAUACUACCCCCUAAGAGGCCGUGCCUCAAGCCGACGUCCUGGCAAAUCGAUUCUGAAGCCACCCACCAGACUCGACCAGGAGAUGUUCUGGCAUAAUAUGUGGCGCAUGGUUGGCAUGGCCGACGAGCGGCUGGAGUUUACCUACCAGUGCAUAGGGGACAUGCGCAGCAUGGGAGACGAGGCGCUCGACCUCAUAAUGCAGUGGGAAGAGCAAUCUGUCCGCAAUGAGCUGACGCGAAAAGUUCUUGAAUCGGCCUAUCAGUUGGAUAACCUGUCCUUGGAGUCGAUUCCUGGCCCUAGCAGUGAGCCUAGAAUGCUCAGGCGUCGUCGAACAACCGAAUUUGAUUGA